AUGUCCCUCGCACGUCAUGUCGACCCCGACAAGCUCAUCGCAAGAUCUUUGGACCAUCCUAUUCACAAGCACGUAACUCGUCCCGACUUACAGGACAUUCCUUACACCAGCCGUUAUGACAUCGACAUCGAGCUGCCCAAGUACAAGAUGCCCUCUGAUGGUGUCAGUGCCAAGAUUGCCUAUCAGCUUCUGCACGACGAACUAGAGCUUGACGGUAAUCCCAAUCUGAAUUUGGCAUCAUUCGUUCAUACAUGGGUACCGGACGAAUGUCAGAAACUCAUGCAAGAAAACCUCAACAAGAAUCUCGUGGACCAAGAUGAAUAUCCGGCUGCGCAACAGAUUCACGAACGUUGUGUCUCUAUGAUAUCCGCACUCUGGCAUGCUCCUCCUGGAGCUUCUGCCAUGGGUACAGCCACCACCGGCUCAUCCGAAGCGAUCAUGCUGGGCGGUCUGGCUUUGAAACGAAGGUGGCAGGAUAAGAUGAAGGCUGCGGGAAAGGACAUUCACAAGCCGGGUCCUAACAUUGUCAUGGGUGCCGAAGCUCAAGUGGCCUUGGAGAAAUUUGCUAGGUACUUUGACGUCGAAUGCCGUUUGGUUCCGAUCUCCGAGGAGAGUAACUAUGUUAUGUCCCCCAAAGAAGCAAUGAAAUAUGUAGAUGAAAAUACCAUCGGGGUUUUCGUCAUCCUCGGCUCGACCUACACAGGCGCUUACGAGAGCGUCGAAGAGAUGGCUGCCGAGCUCGACGCCUACGAGGCGGCAACUGGCGUCCACAUACCAAUUCAUGUGGACGCUGCUUCUGGAGGGUUUGUGGCACCUUUUGCUACCCCUAAGUAUGUAUGGGACUUCCGUAUCCCUAGAGUACAGAGCAUCAACGCCUCAGGUCAUAAGUAUGGAAUGAGCUCUGUCGGUGUCGGAUGGGUGGUCUGGAGGUCGCCCGAAUUCCUGCCUAAAGAUCUGAUCUUCGAACUUCACUACUUGGGCGAGACUGACUAUUCUUUCAACCUUAACUUCUCCAGACCCGCCCACCCGAUUUUGGCGCAAAUGUUCAAUUUCAUCAAUCUUGGCUUCUCCGGCUACAAGCGUAUCAUCGAGAAUGACCUUUCCAAAGCCCGUUUGAUCUGCCGAGCAUUGGAGAAUUCUGGCUACUUCACCGUCCUGUCCAACUGUCACCGACCGGUCGAUGCUUCUGGCACCCUCUCUGCCGCCGCGCAGGUCGCGGGGGACAUGGUCAAGGGUCAGAAACCUCUCGAUCAGGAAGAUGCUGCCUUUUACCACCCUUCCUUGCCCGUGGUCAGCUUCAGGCUCCGAGACGACGUAAAGGCGCAGUAUCCUGGUUUCAAACAGGAAUGGAUCCAGCUGCAACUCCGUAGUAUCGGUUGGAUCGUGCCCAACUACCCACUCGCGCCCGACUGUGAGAACUUAGAAAUACUCAGGGCAGUGGUUAGGGAGUCCCUCUCUGGCGACCUGGCCCGAAAGUUGAUUAUUGAUAUUUUGCAAGUGACCGAAGAGCUGCUCAAAGGUGCCGGGCCUUCGUUCCCCAUGGCGACUAUCAGUCUCAACAAGAGCAAUGAGCACAAACAUGAUGGAAUUGACAAGGAGCAUAUCUCUAACAACACAUCGACCUAUGCCAAGACAUGUUGA